AGGCGAGUAGGCUCGUUCGUUUUCGGUGCGUUUCUUUCAUUAUCACCGCUCGGGGCGGGCAGAGACACACACACACAAACAAACAGGUUUCUCCGGAGUUUAUUUCCAACCACAGCCCAAACCCUGGGUGGAGUCUCCUCUGCGAGUCUCAAUCAGGAAUGCAACUCCAACUUGACACCGGAGAUAGAUAGAUAGAUAGAUAGAAAGAAAGAAAGAAAGGCGGCGGAAAAACUACUUAUAAAUGAUAUAAGAGAGACCAGGUACGCUCACAUUCCCAAAAGGUUUUGUUCCUCUCCCUCCCUCCCCCCCCUCCUCCUCCUCUCUCUCACACCAUGGCCCGCCCCUCCCAGUGCUCCUCGCAAGGGGACAACCCCUUGGACCCAAACUACCUCGAGCCUCACUAUCGCGAGGAGUACCGCCUGGCCAUAGAUGCGCUGACAGAGGACGACCUGGAGGGCUACUACCACUUCCUGCAGAAUCGGGGCGUGCCGGACUUCCUGGCCGAGCCGGAGAUCAAACACAUCCAACAGACUCUGCAGGUGCCCCGCAUGAGUGUGCAACCAGACUGCCUGUACUUGGAGGGAGGCUUCGAGGACCCGGACAACUCCUCGGGAACCUACUGGCCCAUGCACUCAGACCUGGACGCCCCCGGGCUGGAUAUGGGUUGGCCCAACUUUUGCAGCUUCAUCGGCCCCACUGAGGUCACCACCCUGGUCAACCCCUCCAGCCCCAACAUGCCCAGCAUCAAGGAGGAGGCGCGCCGGCUCAUCAAGUCUGCACAGCAGGUGAUCGCCCUGGUGAUGGAUGUGUUCACCGAUGUCGACCUGUUUGCUGAUAUCCUGGAUGCUGCGUCGCGCCGUGUGCCAGUUUACAUCCUGCUGGACGAGCUCAACGCACACCACUUCGUAGCCAUGGUCACCCACUGCAAAGUCAAUCUGGAGCAAGUCAAUUUCAUGCGGGUGCGGACGGUGGCUGGCAUCACUUAUUUCUGCCGCACUGGGAAGUCAUUCAAGGGCCAGGUGAUGGAGCGUUUCCUGCUGGUGGACUGCAGAGCUGUGCUGAGCGGAAACUACAGCUUCAUGUGGUCAUUUGAGAAGAUCCACCGCUGCAUCGCCCACAUGUUCCUGGGGGAGCUAGUGGCCACGUUCGACGAGGAGUUCCGCAUCCUGUUUGCCCAGUCCCAACCGCUGGUUCUGGAGAACGCACUGGUGCCGAUGCCUGGGGAGAGCCUCUAUGACUCUAACCAGUACAGAAGCCAUAUGAGGGCUCCACCUGUCAUGAAGCCCAUGCAUUACCUCCAGACGGAGGGAUCCCAGCACUCCUCUUACUCCUUUGACAACAGGAUGGACCGGGACUUGCCACUGCACUUCAGACGGGAAGACCCAUUCCACAACACCAUGGAAGGGUCCUCCAUGCAGAUGUUCAACAGUAGGUUUGCGCAGCAGUUCAAUAUGGAGCGCUCCUUUCUGGAUUCCGGCAAAUCAAUAAUGGCGACCAAGAAUAUGGAGCUGGAGGCGUACAAGAGGCACAGCUUUGCUGAGGGGACACGUGAGAGCUACUCCUCCUCCAAGCAGUUCAUGAGGCAGAGGGUAAUGAACAACAUGGAAGAAAUGGAGGCCAAGAGCAGCCACUUCCACAGACAACAAGUCUAUCAGAUCGACAGGCCUUUCGAUCACAACAUGCAAGAGGGGCCGGGCUCGGGACAGGGUAUUUUUGAGAAAAUCAGGAGCAACCGCAUGGGAUACCAGCAAAUGGAGGAAUUUCCUGAUUACUCCAGGUUCCCCCAGGAGACGCCCAGGAUGGGACCGCAGGACAUGGGUGGCUACCAAGCCCGGCUGGAUUACGUUCCUUCCAAUGCUUCCAAAGAGGUGAAGCAUGGCUCUGAGAAUCUACUUGUUUCAGGGGAAGGGUGGCAAGGGCAAGCCGCUCAGAGGAGCCAAAACAUCGGUCACCCCUACGUCUGCCAGAUGUCACCGACGCAAAAGCAACCCUCUGAUCAGAACCAGCUGUUCCACGAGUCCAGCUUGAACAGGCAGCUGCAAGAUUCCAGUGGGAAUCAGGGGCUGAGAAAUUGGAGGAUAUCCUCUUACCUCAGUGCUUACGAAGACUCCAGAGAUGAGGGCGCACAGCAGCCUAUAACAGAGCCGGAAGCCUUCACUGACAGCCCCCAACCUUCAGAAGAGCUGUUUACUGGUCCAGAGCCGUCUGUCCCUAGAUUCCUCACAAGAGAGGCUCCAAAGGUGCCCACUUUUAAGCCUAGCGAGCCCCCACGUUUCAGGAGGACGGUUGUUCAAGAGACUGUGAAAGAUUCUCCAGCUUCGGGGUCAACAUCAGAAACUGGCGAGGAGACGGAGAGUAAGAAGCUAGGGGAGAUGACCCUUUCAAAGCAUGAAUCCAUAAGGUAUAGAUUGAACCCUCUGCUUCAGAGGAGCUCCAGGUUAAGAUCUUCACUGAUCUUCAGUUCAUCCAAGCAGGAGCAGCACAGUUCAUCAUUGCUUACCCAGAAAGAGCAGUCAAAAGGCGAGUCAAAGGAGGAGAAAGACCCGCUUAAGCCCUCUUUGACUAUUGCUGAGAUUCUUGAGAAGAGACGAUCCAUUGCACGGGAGACUUUUGAAUUCCAAUUGACUGACCAGAAUAAGGCUAGUACUAAGGCUUCUCUAGUCGAACCACAAAAGGUUCCUCUGCCAGAGAAACCACAAAAAGUUUCUCCACCAGAAGACCUGAGCGAAGACCCUAGUGAAGCACCAGCAGCGACCAUGGACAUAGUCAACAUGAAUGACCCCAGUGUCAGACUUUCCUUUUUCAAAGAGUUAGCCGCCAAACGUAAAGCAGCUAAGACAACUGUUGACACAAACAGCAAAGUGCCUGAGCCUGCCAACAAAAAGCCUGCAGUUGUAAGCAAUGUAUCUAAACCAGCUAUAACACCAGAGCCACAGUCUUCCACACACAAGGAGGUCAAACAGCAUUCCACACAAAACGAGGUCAAACCUGCUGUUGAAGAAUUUAAUACAGAACCCCCAGCCCCACCUGCAAAGCCAACCAAGCCUUUUCCUCUCAAAGUGUCCUCGCAGACUAUAGUCGUUACUGAUGCUACAGACUCCCAGAAGAGGGAGCUGAAAAAGUCCCGCAGCCAGAGCAUUUCAUCCUUGGCUCGGGGGGAGUCUGUGGAGAAACUGAACAAGGUCCACGGCUCCAACACCUCACUGAAUCUCCUGGACGAGAAGGGCAAGCAGGAUCCAAAGGCCUUAGAAUUCCUAAAGAAGGGAUCCCAAAAGCUCAAAGAAUUCCUCGGACAGAAAGUAGAUAAGAAGGUCAGUGAGGAUCAUUCUUCCCCCCCGCCCAUGGCCACAGUUGCAGAAGUGUCCGAGGAGCAGAGUUCAACCAAGAUGACUAAGGUGGAGAGUCCAGAAACUAUGGAGAACAAAGAGGAAAAUACCCAAAAGUCCUCUCUGUCAUCCCCACCCAAGAACAGCCAGAACAGGCUCACAUCCUCCACCUCCAACGUGCUUUACAGCAGCAACCUCCGAGACGACACCAAGGUCAUCCUGGAGCAGAUCUCCGCCAACAGCCAGAAGAACAGGAUAGAAAUAGCCAAGCAGGCUUCCAACAACAAUACAGAAGAGUCCAGUGAUGGUUCUAACUCUGAGAACAAUCCUCGAUCUGUCCGCGGGGCUGAAAGCUACCUGACCAAGAGCCGGUUUCAGAAGCCUCAGACCAACCCGGAGGAGCGGGACAAGCUUAUCAAGAAGAUGGACAGCAUGCGCAAGGAGAAGAGGGUCUACAGCCGGUUCGAGGUCUUCUACAAGAACAAGGAGGAAGCACCCAAAUCUGGGACUGACUGUGGCUCUGAGGAGGAUGGGAAAACAGACGGCAACAAGGAGUCAAAGAUUGGCAAACUCAAGCUGGGACUUUUCAAAAGCAAAAAAUAAUGCUGCUGUUCUGUGUACACAAUACUGACAAACUCCACUUCAUGCUACUGAAAUGUUGACCAUAAUAAUAAUAAUAAUAAUAAUAGCAAUAAUGAUUUACAAAGAAACUUGCAGAAUUAUCUGUGUAUUUUUUUAAAUGCAUAUAUUCUUCCCAAUUGUACGUUCUCAAAGCAAUACUUUGCCACAGCUUUGAGAUUACAAUGAACUCUGUAGCAGUUUAUCUGCUAUUUUUUUUUUUUAAAUCUAAUAUCCUGGAUUGAUAGCAAACCAGUGGCAGGUGACCUACAGACAAGUACCCUAUUAACUUUUUUAAUAUACUUGAUUUAUAUUUUAGCAAUAGAAUGUGUAAAUUGUGAGUUUGAGGGUACACAGUUUGCAGCAUGGGUAUGGGUUUGUCUAGUAUAUGCACCGAUCUAUCUUCCCUUCUUGUAGUGUUCUCUGCAAUGCCUUUUCUACAUUACAUCUGUACUACAAUGCUGUCUGCUUGUACAUCACCCCCCUGGCCGAUUUCCAUAUCAAUACAUUAAAAGCUGAAGCUGAUUUUGUAUUUGGGGGAGAGGGAUCAUGGUCACUUACCUAACUGAUCUCCCCUCUUAUUUAAAACUUGGGUAAAUUCACCUGCUUGUUGCUGACUCGGUCCUAGUUGCUACCUUAUACUGACCUGCUCUUCUUAUUACCAUGUACAGCAGGUACUUUGAAAUGGAUAAACAUAUGUAUAUGACUUUAUAAUACAGGCAGAAGGUUAUCCACACUACCAGCAAACUGAUGGAUACCUUCCUCUGCACCUCUGGAGUCUGAAUGUGCUGCUCACAGCUGAAGGAAGCUGCAGAACCAAAUAACCAACUCCUUUUUAUUUUUGACUAUUUUACCCGAAUGACAACACUUUGUACAUGAUAGCGGGAGAGUUGUCCUUCAAUACCUGAAAAUCCAACUGACCUAAUACCCGUGGGCAGGUAUGAUUCAUGACGGUUUCAGCCUAGAUGGUAAAGUACUCCUGUAGUAAUGUAGUGAGGUUAAGGAUAAUGGAUUUCUCAUUUAAUUUGGGAAUUUCGUCAAUAUGUCUUCAGCAAUUUGUACAGUACAAUACAGAACAGCGGAAGUGAUUACACUGAAUACUAAUUUCUUGUACUAAACUAGGGCUUGAAUCAUAUACCUCUGCAGGGUCCGAAAAACAGAUGAGCAAGGAACAAGGGACCAGAAUUCAAACGCUUUUACUCCAAUGUUCCAGAGGUUGCACCACCUAGCAGGCAAUGUCCUGUCAUUAAUUUGCUAAUCAUAAUGAUGGGUGAUAUUUACAAAUAAAUCUCACAGGGAUGGGCAGGACCUUCCUAAUUUGAUAUAAUAAUUUCACUUGAGACAGCCCAAAAUUUAGUGCAAUUCAGAUUCUGUGAAAUCAACCAUAGUUUUUCACUCAUCGUUUUUUAGUUCUGCCUUUUUAGGAGUAAUGAGAAGUGCAAAUCCUUUCACUGGAGCAAAAGCUUAGUAAACCUGGUGCAACAAUACAUGGUCUAACAUGUUUUAUAUAAUUUAUUAUUAUUAUUUAAAUUUUAUUGAUUUUAUGGCUCGGAACCUUUGCCAAAUAGGAUAGGAUUAUUGCAUCCAUGUAUCAUUUUCAUAGAAGCACUGGUGUUCAACAAGGCAUUGAAAGUAAGUUAUAGCAAGAAGAGCACAUCAGUCUAUUAUAAGUGCCAUUAAAAAAAAAAAAAAAAAAAAAA